AUUUUCUCAACCUUUAUGAGACCAAUUGCUCGAGAAAUAAACAAACUAGACAGCAGAUACUCACGGAAUCCGGAUGAAACCCUAACAAACCGACAUCGUAUCAACAUCUGCCAACAUGUCUUUCACUGCGUCUGGCAUCAACUACACCACAUACCUAGCGGCCUCAAAGGGUCUUCACAUCGUCUUCAUCAUUCUAAUUUUACUCUCCAACGUAAUCCUCCUCUUUAAAGUCUCGAGACAAAACAGAUUCCUCUACUCAACAAAGUGUAUCAUACUCAUCUCCCUAGCAUUCGGCGAUGCCUUUUGUGCGCUGUUUUCUUUGGUUGCGCAAACCAAAGCCAUGUUCCAAGAAUAUCCGAUAGGACCGUCUUGCAGCUUAUCUCUAUCAGCUUCAGUAUACGAGUACCACCUUCUCAAUUUUGUCUACGGCGCUGGGCUAGUAACUCUAUGUGCCGAGUACGUUCAUCGACGGAAAACAACUACUCCAGGAACGGCAACUCAGAAAGAUUUUCUACGUGCUGUUUUAAUCAGUAGCGUCCCUUGGUUUCUGGGGUUAAUCAUUGUUUUACCGCUAACAAUGGCUGGUGUAGAUCUAGGCCUGUGUCAAUUGAACUACACGCUAGACAGAUUAAGGGCGCAGACAAUCGUCUCUACAAUUUUACCUGCAGUUAUCGCUGUGUGUAUAUCUUCAGUUUUGGCCUACGGAAAUUGUCAACCCGGACACACACAGACAACUGAGCUGAACACAGCACAGAGACCGGCGUUCGGCUACAUUGAGACCGCACCCCCAACAUAUGACCAUCAGGCGCCGCCUUACACUCAAUCAACCCAUGCGCAUUAUCCUGUACAGAAUCAACACCUACCAGCGUACCAUCAACCGAGCUAUCAACAACAACCCCAGCAGAUAAGCUACCAGCCGCAACAGAUGUCUAACUACUCAUACGAACCCAGCAAUGUAUUCAGCCCUCAAAAAUUUAACGGCUCCCUUGAAAACAACGGCUCCCCAUACUACACCGGCUCGCCACAAUUCGCCGGCUCCCCACACAACACCGGCUUACCCGCCACCACACACACAGCCGCCACCACCUCCUUCAACGAGAGAUAUAAAAUUCUCACCCUGGCCGUGACCUUCUUCUUCCUCGUCAUGCCGCAAGCGGUGUUCUACUUGGCCUACACCAUCAGCCAUCUUGCUGUCCUACCUGGGGUGACCUACACGGCUUUAACAGACGGCUUCAUGUACCUGAUGCUGCUCAGGCCUGUAAUCACGCCCAUCAUUACGUCACAAUCAUCCUACUUAAAAUAUUGUUAAAAUGACGUCAUCACCUCACCGAGCAAUCAUUACCUCACAAUCAACCUGCAUACAACGUAAUUAAAUUCAUGUCAUUAGUAGGAAAUCAUAAGGUCACAAUCAACCUACCUGCAACAUAAAACCACGUCAAAACCACAGAAAAGGAACUUAGAUAACGAAGAAUAGGGUAGCUGUGAGUACAUAACACGCUUGUCUAAAAUGAACUGACCAAAACAAUGUGUGCUGGAGAGGUACGUCUUUGAGUCUCCGGCGGCUAUACAGGAUUUACUUAAGUCACUUCAAGCUUGAUCAGACAAACAUCGUGUCAAAAUUAGACCCUUGACAUCAAACUUGACAACGUGCAGCUAAAGUUUAACAAUAAGUUAACCAUUUCGCAAAUGUUCAACCCGGACACAAAGACGUCACAUUCCAUCUACUAUAUGAUAUUUUUUUCAUUUCUCGUACACAUAAUUUAGGUACACUAAUAACAUUGUGUCACAUCCAGAUGACUUUUAACAAACCUCACAUACGUACAUCACAAAAAAUAAAUAUAUGUUACAAUGAAUUAACUUACAACAGUAUUAUUUUCUUUAGAAUAUUAAUGUGCAUAAAUGUAUUGCAUUCUUCUUCAUUAAACGACAGUAUUCAUGCUCAUC